AUGUCGACAUUCCCCAGAAUCCCUGCCGCAAUGCGGCCGAUCCAUAAUUUCCAUUUUGUACCUCAGGAAGAUGUCGAAAACGUCUGUAUGUACAAACCAGGCGGAUACCACCCAGUAAAGCUCGGCGAUAUCCUUCGAAACAACCAGAACUUGAAGUAUAGGGUCAUUGGGAAGCUCGGUCAUGGAUCCUUUGCAACUGUUUGGCUUGCAAAAGAUGAACCCACAGGACACUAUGUGGCUCUGAAAAUUCUUACAGCAGAUGCAACCUCCAAUCGGAAUGAGGCACACUUGCUAACCUGGUUGAGAGACAAGUCGAAGGAACAUCCCGGGUACCGUCAUAUUGCACAUGUACUCGAUACCUUUCAAGUAAAGGGACCAAAUGGCGUGCAUGAUGUAUUGGUGAUGGAGCCUGUGGCGCGCCUUUUCUGGAUGCAAUUGAAUGCCAGCGAUGUUUUUAAUUCUCACGUCAAGAGCUUCCUUCAGCAAGUGUUUAUAGGGCUAUCGUAUUUGCACAGCUCAGGGGUCAUGCAUGGAGACCUCCACCUAGGAAACUUUGCCUUAGCGCUUCCUAGUCUACAUAAACAUGGUGAAGCUGAACUGCUGAAUUUCUUCAGCGGCAUGGAGGCAACGGUUCUUCUGACUUUGGACCCGGAGAAACAGACGGACUCGUUGCCCCCUUACGUGCUUCCUCCAAUAAAUCUAGUAGAGCUGGUAAUAAAGGAUCUCUGCGCCUCAAAGAGCGACGAGUUGUGCGUCAAGAUCAUUGAUUUUGGAAAUGCCUUUCGACAAGGAGAUCCGAGGCCUCCGCCAGAGUCGCCGCCAUAUAUCAGAGCUCCAGAAAUUGAGAUUUGGCAACGAUCCAAAGGGGAGGCCGCAUCAGAUUGGGGGAUUCAGGGGGACAUCUGGUCCAUGGGCUGUACGGCCUACGAGAUGAUUUGGGGCGAGGCCUUCUUUUAUCUAUGGGGUGACAAAGACGUCUUGCUAUCUAAUGUGGCCAAAUGUGGAGGACCGUUGCCUACCUCGUGGCUGCCUUACAUAGACAGUGAAUAUGUUGGAGCGGCCUCGAAUCCAGCGCGGGACGAGAAAUGGGAUAGAAUUCGCGACACUGCUCUAAAAUAUCGACCUACGGCCAUACCACAGCCGUUGUGGGAGAAAAAUACGCGUCUCAUGAUUGACAUGAUUCAAAAAAUGCUAAAGGCCGACCCAUCAAGCCGUACGUCAAUGAACGAGCUAGUGAAUCAUCCGUGGUUUGGUAUCGACGGAAUGAGGGUUUAG